GUCUAUUCUCACUCAUUCGAAAUCCCCUUUCACAAACUACAACCUUUUUCCUCUCGUUUUUGUCUCCUUUUCGAUUUCUUCUUUCAGUUCUCAAACCCUAAUUGGGAAAUGUGUAGAUAUCGAUGAUUUGCAAACUCGUGGCGCAGGAGUUUCGAUGCCGGAGAAGUGUUUAUGUGUGAAGAUUGUGGUCUGAUCAACUCAAGCACGGCGCUUUUGCUGUUGUUUUUGUUGUCAGUUUGUUUAGGAUGAUUCCUUUUGGUGGAAUCACGUGCUGCCUCAGCGCUGCCGCGCUGUAUCUUCUUGGCAGGAGCAGUGGAAGGGAUGCUGAGGUUCUGAAGUCUGUAACUCGAGUGAACCAGUUGAAGGACUUGGCUCAAUUGUUGGAUGCUGCAAGCAAAGUGUUGCCUUUAGUCGUCUCAGUAUCUGGAAGGGUUGGUUCUGAUAGUCCUAUCAACUGUGAGUACAGUGGUUUAAGAGGUGUAAUUGUGGAGCAAACGGCAGAGCAGCACUUCUUGAAACACAACGACGCAGGAUCAUGGAUACAAGAUUCAGCCUUGAUGCUUUCCAUGUGUAAAGAAGUUCCUUGGUACCUUGAUGAUGGUACUAGUCGUAUCCAUGUUGUUGGAGCACGAGGUGCUACGGGUUUGGUGCUAACGGUGGGAAGUGAAGUAUUUGAGGAGUCGGGGCGAUCACUAGUGCGAGGGACAUUAGAUUAUCUCCAGGGAUUAAAGAUGCUUGGAGUCAAGAGAAUUGAACGUGUUCUUCCAACCGGUACACCCUUGACAAUUGUUGGUGAGGCUGUCAAGGAUGACAUUGGAUCUAUUCGAAUCCAGCGACCCCAUAAAGGGCCAUUUUAUGUCUCUGACAAAGCCAUUGAUCAGUUGAUUGCAAACCUUGGUAAAUGGUCAAGGUUGUACAAGUAUGCCUCGAUGGGUUUUACAGUGUUUGGGAUCUAUCUUCUUGCUAAGCAUGCAAUCCAAUAUUUCAUGGAGAGAAAGCGUCACUGGGAAAUGCGGAAAAGGGUGCUUGCUGCUGCAGCGAAAAGAGAUGGACAAGAGGAAGGAGAUUCAAACGGAAAAGCUGAUAGAGUAUCAUAUAUUGCUAAUAAGGACAGACUGCUGCCAGAUCUUUGUGUGAUAUGUUUGGAGCAGGAGUACAAUUCAGUUUUUGUUCCGUGUGGUCAUAUGUGCUGUUGUAUGAUGUGCUCGUCGCACUUGACAAACUGCCCCCUGUGUCGAAGACGGAUUGACCAAGUUGUGAAGACAUUCCGGCACUGACUCCGGCCAAGCUGUUUUCUGUAUGCUGAAUAAGUUCGAGGAAUACGUAGCUCACCGGCGGCGGUUGGUUCAUUUCGACGAUUCCCGACUUUUGUAGCAGUAAGUAGCAAUUCUUAACAUGUUUUUCUGUAAAUUGAACAAUACAAGUCUAUCUUCAAAUUGUUGGGCUUUUCCUUUUUGCCUGUGGGACACUUGAAAUGAACAGAUAUAGUUAAGAGUUCAAUUUGAGA